AUGCGGAACAGGGCAAAUGUGGAGCAGAUGCGGAGCAGGGCAGAUGUGGAGCAGAUGCGGAGCAGGGCAGAUGUGGAGCAGAUGCGGAGCAGGGACAGAUACGGAACAGGGCAGAUGCGGAGAGGGGCAGAUGUGGAGCGGGGCAGAUGUGGACUACUUCUCCUGGAAGACAAAGGAGAGCCUGGUGAGGGCCUUAGUGUCUCAGGGCUACUUGUUGCAGCCUGCUUCCUGGCCAUCCUGACCGUCUUCUCUCCUCUUACAGUCAAGUUCAGCAGCUGCUUGGGUACCAAAGGGACGCAGUAUGAGACCAACAGCUUGGACUUCAAAGUUGGGGCGGAUGGAACAGUUUUCGCCACCCGGGAGCUGAAGAUCCCCUCCGAGCAGGUGGCCUUCACUGUGACUGCACGGGAGCGCCAGACUGCCGAACAGUGGGACGCCAUGGUGCGGCUGCUGGUAGCCCAGACUUCAUCCCCACACUCUGGACACAAGAAAGGAAAGACAGCGGCCCUGGACCCCUCUGAGUCCCCAAAGGACACACUGCUGCCGUGGCCCCAGCACCAGAGCUCCAGCGGACUGAGGAGGCAGAAGCGUGACUGGGUCAUCCCGCCCAUCAACGUGCCGGAGAACUCCCGUGGGCCCUUCCCCCAGCAGCUCGUCCGGAUCAGAUCUGACAAGGACAAUGACAUUCCCAUCCGGUACAGCAUCACAGGUGUGGGAGCCGACCAGCCCCCUAUGGAGGUCUUCAGCAUUGACUCCAUGUCUGGCCGCAUGUAUGUCACCCGGCCCAUGGAUCGGGAGGAAAGAGCCUCUUACCAUCUCCGAGCCCAUGCGGUGGACAUGAACGGCAACAAGGUGGAGAAUCCUAUCGAUCUGUAUAUCUAUGUCAUCGACAUGAAUGACAACCGCCCCGACUUCAUCAACCAGGUCUACAACGGCUCUGUGGAUGAGGGCUCCAAGCCAGGUACAUACGUGAUGACCGUGACAGCCAACGACGCCGAUGACAGCACUACAGCCAACGGCAUGGUGCGGUACCGGAUUGUCACCCAGACACCCCAGAGCCCCUCCCAGAACAUGUUCACCAUCAACAGUGAAACAGGGGACAUCGUGACAGUGGCAGCGGGUCUGGACCGGGAGAAAGUCCAGCAGUACACGGUCAUCGUCCAGGCCACUGACAUGGAAGGAAACCUUAACUAUGGUCUCUCGAACACGGCCACUGCCAUCAUCACGGUGACAGACGUGAAUGACAACCCUCCAGAAUUCACCACAAGUACAUUUGCAGGAGAAGUCCCUGAGAACCGUGUGGAGACAGUAGUAGCCAAUCUCACAGUACUGGACCGAGAUCAGCCCCACUCACCCAACUGGAAUGCAGUCUACCGAAUCAUCAGUGGGGACCCCUCGGGGCACUUCAGUGUCCGCACAGACCCUGUCACCAAUGAGGGCAUGGUCACCGUGGUGAAGGCAGUGGACUACGAGCUGAACCGCGCCUUCAUGUUGACUGUAAUGGUGUCCAACCAGGCGCCCCUGGCCAGCGGAAUCCAGAUGUCUUUCCAGUCCACAGCAGGGGUGACCAUCUCUGUCACUGAUGUCAACGAGGCCCCCUACUUUCCCUCCAACCACAAGCUGAUCCGCCUGGAAGAGGGUGUGCCCACCGGCACCGCACUUACUACUUUUUCCGCAGUGGACCCUGACCGGUUCAUGCAGCAAGCUGUGAGGUACUCAAAGCUGUCUGAUCCCGCCAACUGGCUGCACAUCAACACAUCCAAUGGGCAGAUCACCACGGCCGCAGUCCUGGACCGAGAGUCACUGUACACCAAGAACAAUGUAUACGAGGCCACCUUCCUGGCUGCUGACAAUGGGAUCCCCCCAGCCAGUGGCACUGGGACCCUGCAGAUCUACCUCAUUGACAUCAAUGACAAUGCACCCCAGCUGCUGCCCAAGGAGGCACAGAUCUGCGAGAGGCCAGGCCUCAACGCCAUCAACAUCACUGCAGCUGACGCCGACAUGGAUCCCAACAUCGGCCCCUACGUCUUUGAGUUGCCCUUCAUCCCCACUACAGUGAGGAAGAACUGGACCAUCACCCGCCUAAAUGGUGACUACGCCCAGCUCAGCUUGCGCAUUCUGUACCUGGAGGCAGGAGUGUAUGACGUCCCCAUCAUCGUCACGGACUCUGGAAACCCUCCCCUGUCCAACACGUCCAUCAUAAAAGUCAAGGUGUGCCCGUGUGAUGAGAAUGGUGACUGCACCACCAUCGGUGCCGUGGCUGCAGCCGGCCUGGGCACAGGUGCCAUCGUGGCUAUCCUCAUCUGCAUCGUGAUUCUGCUAACCAUGGUCCUGUUGUUCGUUGUGUGGAUGAAGCGGAGGGAAAAGGAACGACACACAAAGCAGCUGCUCAUCGACCCUGAGGACGAUGUGCGUGACAACAUCCUAAAGUACGAUGAGGAAGGCGGUGGCGAGGAGGACCAGGACUAUGACCUCAGCCAGCUACAACAGCCGGAAGCCAUGGAGCAUGUGCUGAGCAAGGCCCCUGGUGUGCGGCGGGUGGAUGAACGGCCAGUAGGUGCCGAGCCUCAGUACCCAGUCAGGCCUGUGGUGCCUCACCCAGGCGACAUCGGAGACUUCAUCAAUGAGGGACUACGAGCUGCAGACAAUGACCCCACGGCACCCCCCUAUGACUCUCUGCUAGUCUUCGACUAUGAGGGCAGUGGUUCUACCGCAGGCUCCGUCAGUUCCCUGAACUCCUCCAGCUCCGGGGAUCAAGAUUAUGACUACUUGAAUGACUGGGGGCCCCGGUUCAAGAAGCUGGCGGACAUGUAUGGGGGUGGCGAGGAGGACUAGCCAGCCUCACCCCUCCCGCCAACAUGAGAAGGGCACCCGAGGCUGAGCAGCGGGACUGAGCCAAGGCACCGGAUUUGUCCUGGUGUCAAGAGGCCCCUCCCCACUGCCAUCCCCCAGGUGGAACUGUGCAGUAGGAACAUAGGCCACCAGGCGCCCACCACCACUGCGGCAUCUCAGUAGCCACGAACCGCAAAGGGAGAGCCAGAGGCACAGCCCUAACUUGAAUUUCUUACAACAAAAGCACUGUUAAAAUAAAAAAAAAAAACAAAACAAAAGUGCCUUUUGGUACACGUGACAGAUUCCCUAACUCAGGAGUGACUGAAAGAGGAGACAGCCGAGGCCCCAACUCUGCCCACCCUGCCCACAGCCCUGACCCCAUCUGGUCCCCUCUGAAGGCAACAUGCAAGGAGUGGGAGAGAAUAUGUCUUUUUUUUUAAAAAAAAAUCUUUUAUUAAGAAAAAAGGGGGGAUGGCUUAUUUGCAACAGUAGUAUGGGGUCCAGAUGGCCACAGCUUUUGUCAUGCCCGGUCAGUGUCUCCUGGGCCCUCUGGGCUCUCCAAGGCUGCUAAGUGAGGAUGAGACUUUCCAGUGCCAAGAAGCACUGGGCUAGCCCAACCCCAUCAGCAGAGACUUCUGUGUGGACUCGGCUUUCACCUGAACUCAUGUCCUGCCCACCGAGAUACUGUAAAUAGCUGGGGAGGGUGUGAUGCCGAGAGGCCACCCCAGUUGGUCCUCACCUCUGCGUUUGGCCACUGCCAUGUCCACCAGAAAGCUACUCUGGACCAGCUGUCACCCCCGGUACCACCAAAUGGCUUUGGUAGGAAAGCGUGUUGUCCAGAAGCCACAGCAUCCUGCCGAACCCUGGCAAUACCCUUCACAAGGGAUCCCGGUGAAGGCACAGCAAUCACAAGCACCCCUCAACGGAACCCCCGAAUGCUCUCAACCCACUCCCCAGGCUGUGCAGAUGGCAGAGAGCAGAGCCUGUCAGACUGUGGCAGCUGCUGGGCCUCCUUGGGCCCAUUUAGCCCAGGCUCCUGCCUGGCACCAAGAACUGCUAUAGAUGUCAGGCAAGACCUAUUCUAAGUGGCCUGUGAGAGGUUCUCUCACUGUGCCCAUGUGACCAUAGACGCUCUGGCUUGGACCCACGUUUCCACUGUUCUCUGGAUCUGGUAUUGCACUUUCCGUGGGUAGCUUGACACAAGACAGGCUGAGCAGGGUGACCACUUCCGUAGGACAAGGACUGUGAGAUGGCAAAGCUGCCUUUUUCACCAGAGGAGAAAACAGGCCUAGGUCAUUCACAUGUCUGGGCCCAAAGGAGCCCUGGGAUGGGGCAGAAAGGCCACACUGGAGGGGCACCCUGUGCAGUUAGCUUCCUGGCUCCCCAAGAAGGAGGUUGAGAGUGCUGGUAGCUUGAUGUCUGGGUCUCCUUGGGGAGACAACGGAAGUCCCAGCAUUGAUGAAAAAUAAGUUCCUCCUGAAUCCCCAGCCUAUACCUACUACUAGGGGCCAGGAUGGCUCCAAAAGGGCUGGGGGUACCCAGGAGAUAGCAUGCGCCCCAGCCAGUGGUCUCUAAUUCAUGGCUCCUCGUGACUCUGGCUUUACACUAUGGCUAGGUUCACCCCCUUCUCCAGACUGCUUUGGAUGCACCAGAGUGAACUCAUAGGUGCUGAACUUAUGGGUAUGACCCAUUGGAUGUCAGGGUUCUUUCCCAAACCAAGCCUGUCCCCACUCUGAACUGCUAGACUUGCGCUGGCCAUAAGUUCAGCUGUGUCCAUUCUCACUGCUCCUAUAACUGCCCUAGGAGGUAGGAUGGACAGGGGCCUCUGUAGCUUCCUGGGAAUCAUCUUCCUUACAGCCAGCCAGGCCAACAGAGUUAAUAGAAUGCCAGGGGUGGGGAGGGGGCGGGUUGUGGAGAUAAUAAGCUCUCCUAUGCAAAUUGCUCGGGGGUCGGCAGUCAGUAAGGGUGGUACUGAGCUUGGCAUGACCACUGGUAGGAUGGCUAUGGGUCAAAGCUGGGGGAAUAAGAAGAAUUUUCUGGGUUUGAUUUUGGGAAACCCAAGAACCGUGAAUGCUCUAUUGAAAGUGUGCAUAUGAUUGAGAAGUGUGCAUGUGAUAUGGUGUCAUGGACUCCUCUGAAGUCCCAAGGCCUUCUCAGAGCCCUGGGACGGGAGGGACCAAAUCUAUCAGCUAUCUGGAGGAAUGUCCAUGGGGUUCCCUAAGAGCUGGACAGCUUACCCCUUUCACCCAACACCCCCAAAUGGCCCCUGGGGCUAGAGAAAGAUAGGGUUCCACGCAUCCCCAGACUCAUCUUGGAACUCUGUUCCAAGGCCAACAAGUUAGCAUUAGCGAAACAUACAGUCAGUGUCAAAUGUUUCUCUCCCGUAGCUUGUAGAUACGACACGUCUGUGGUCAGGGCCCAGCCAAACUAGGCUGGUGGUCAGCUCUGUGUAGUACGAGGACAUGGUUUAGUUCCUCUAGGGAGAAACCUGCGCUGCUGAGCGGCUUGGAAGAACACCUGGGCACAGUCAGCCUCGCCACACCUGACUCCCAGCCAGCAGCUUUUCUCUCCCAUGUCUUUCAGCCCGUCCAACAUGCUGGGCCUCCUGCCACCAAAGUGUCUGAGUAAUGGCCAGUUGUUAGGCCCUCAGAGAUGCAUCAAUGUCCCCAGAGUGAGUGCAUGGUCCACUGAGAGUGACACCUCUGUGCUCUCUAAGGUAAACGGGGAGGGGAAGUUCCCACUUCCACCCAAGCUGAAAGGCAAAACCAAAAACUCAAAGUAGAAUCGCCCUGCACAGAGCGCCAGGUACGGUACCGAGCCGGCUCUGCCCCACCAGCCGGCCGGUGGAAACCAUCUCCAUGUAUACCUGGAACGCAUCUUGCUUUUUUCUUCCUCUCCUUUUUUUCAUUAUGGUUUAUUUUGUUGCAUGUUUAUUUUUGAAAAUGGACAAAUGUGUAGCAGCCCGCAUGACCGUGGUUGUUUUGGGAAAGGUACCAGAGUAUGACGUGUUCACACUGCAGCUGAGCAUCGUGCGGUGAGACAGAUGUUCCGACUUUUUUGUAAUUGUCAACAGCACAAAUAUUUUGUAUUGUCGUUUGUAUCAUUUUGUAUUGAAAAAAAAAGGGAAAAAAGGGAAAGAGUCGAUGUUUCCAAUGUGUUUUUAGUGCCAGGUGGUCUUGGUUCCGAAGGGAACAGGAGUUUUGCGGAUUGUCGUGUCCUGGAGAGGAGUCGGGCGUUAGCACGCUGCUCCAAAGGAGGAAAUAAAAUCCCCUUUUAAGU